AUGUUGUUUACUCGGUCGAUGUUAACACAAAACUAUCUCAUACUAGCGGAGUGCAACCUUUUACGAGCUCAUCAUCCCACUGGGGUGUUUGUCAUGCCAUCGACUGAAGAUCCUCUUGUUUGGUGCGGUAUCAUUUCCGUCCGCAGCGGCUAUUACACAGGGGGCAUAUUCAAUGUACAGCUAUACCUUCCUGAAGAUUUCCCAUCGAAUACUUUACCGGUAAGCGUCGAUGGCUGGGAUGACGCCUCGUUCAUCGCCCGUGCUAGACAGAAACUCAAGGCUACCGUGGAUCAACCAGAACCCACAGACAGUCGGGUUCUUGGGUACUCUUGGCUCGAUCCUGACACAAUGGCUAUAUUUUCCAAAGAGGGAGAGAUGCCGAAAUCCACUGACGCAUAGUUUUGAUGGCCAACUGCGGGAGCCAGCUUCAUUCUGCUUUCCGCACGCAUGAUUCGACCAAGUAAUAACUGUGAACGACGUCUUUCGAAAUUACCCCCCCCCCCCGGCAGUAAUUCGCUGUACAUUAUGAUCAUACUCACCUGCGCCUCUUCAUCCCUGCUUUGCUUCACACCCGCUUAUUUUGGCAUAUGCCCCACUAUCUUCGUCAAGGGUGGGGGCUACUACCUUCUGUGGUUUACCACUGGCGAGUAUUUUGUCAGGAUGCAUAUGUUAUCUGUAGCUGAGUGCCUUGUAGCUUGUAACACAUCGCCGCCCACCGGAUUUUGUGAUACCAUUGAAUUAUCUUUUUUCUAACUCGAGUAAUUUCAACGAUCUACCUUUAGCUCGUGUUCUGUGUUCAUCGGGUGUCUAAGCCAACGAUCUUGCACACCAUGCUUACGGUGCAUUUUGAGUGACCUUUUGGGGAUUCCCACCAUUUUUGAAGAGUAGACGGCGUGCGAAUAAUGCGGAGAAUAUCAUAUAUUUUCGCUUUG